AUGAAGGUAAUCGUGUUGUUCGCCCUGUGUGUGGCAGCCGUUUGUGCUGGUCCCGAGGAAGAUGUGUGGCUGCGUUACAACCGACGUAUGCCCGGUGUUUACCAUACGAUGCCGCCAACCGAGAGACCUCCGGUGAAUGGCCGCAUCGUCGGAGGUAUCGACGCUAACAUCGAAGACUUCCCGUACCAGCUUUCGCUGCGGCACAGUGGGUCGCACAGCUGCGGUGCCUCGGUUAUCUCGGAUCGGUGGGCCCUGUCGGCCGCUCACUGCACGUAUCCCGUUCCGGUUUUGUCCACCAUUACUCUCCGUGGAGGAUCAAACAGUCGGCUUGAAGGUGUUGUGUUCUAUAUAGAACGCAUCGUGAAUCAUCCAGAAUAUAAUGAUUGGACUUUGGAAAAUGAUGUCUCCCUUCUGCGCAGCCUGGAUGGCUUCGUGGGAGCCAAUAUUGCUGCUGUAACUUUGGCCGCUGCUGGUAGUUAUUUCCCAGCAGGAACCCGAGCCGUCGUGUCUGGAUGGGGUCUAACCAGUCGUCCCGGAUCGCUCCCGACUAUUCUUCAGAAGGUUGAUAUUCCCGUCAUUGAUCAGGAAACCUGUAGGGCUGGAUGGUCGGCCAACAGGAUUACCGAUGAUAUGCUCUGCGCUAGCGAACCUGGUCGAGAUGCUUGUAAUGGAGACAGCGGUGGUCCAUUGGUGACUGGUGGCGUCCAAAUCGGGGCUGUUUCGUGGGGUGCUAGUGAUUGCUUAGGUAAUGUUCCCGGAGUGUACGCUCGUAUUGCUUUCCCGGCAAUCCGUAACUGGAUCACUGAGGUCAGUGGCGUAUGA